AUGGCUAACGAGGAGAAAAGAUCAAACAAAAGACAGAAGUUAAUUGACAACUAUGAGGCUGAGAAAAUUGCUGAGGCAUCAGAAGAAUCUCUUAAAGCCCAUCCUCAUGCAUCGGACAAGAUUGAACUAAUCCACCAUGAUCAAGGAGAAUUCAAAGGGUUAACUCGUCACCAAACUACUGCCGAGCAAGCACAAAAGUUAGAAAAUGGACCGAAGAAUCCCUUUACUGGUCAUGAUUUCACCACAAAGUACUUUGAUAUAUUGAAAACAAGACGUGAUUUACCCGUACAUGCUCAACGAGCAGAAUUUUUGAAAAUCUUCCAUUCGACUCAAAUAAUGGUGUUUGUUGGGGAGACAGGGUCAGGUAAAACUACACAAAUUCCUCAAUUUGUAUUGUACGAUGAAAUGCCUCAUUUGACUGGUAAACAAGUUGCUUGUACCCAACCCAGAAGAGUUGCCGCCAUGUCAGUGGCUGCAAGAGUUGCUGAUGAAAUGGACGUUGAAUUGGGUGAAGAAGUUGGUUACAACAUUCGUUUUGAAAACAACAGUGGUCCUAAAACCAUUUUAAAAUAUAUGACUGAUGGUAUGUUAUUGAGAGAAGCCAUGGAAGAUCAUGAUUUGACAAGAUAUUCUUGUAUUAUAUUGGAUGAAGCCCAUGAACGUACAUUGGCCACAGAUAUUUUGAUGGGAUUAUUGAAACAAGUCAGUGUAAGAAGACCUGAUUUGAAAAUCAUCAUUAUGUCUGCUACUUUAGAUGCAGAGAAAUUCCAAAACUAUUUCAAUAAUGCUCCUUUGUUGGCUGUGCCUGGUAGAACCCAUCCAGUAGAAAUUUAUUACACACCAGAGUUUCAACGUGACUAUUUGGAUGCAGCUAUUAGGACCGUGUUGCAAAUCCAUGCCACUGAAAGUGAAGGGGAUAUAUUGUUGUUUUUAACUGGUGAAGAGGAAAUUGAAGAUGCAUGUAGGAAGAUCUCCCUUGAAGGUGAUGAAUUAGUCAGAGAACAAAAUUGUGGUCCCCUUAAGGUUUAUCCUUUAUAUGGUUCAUUGCCACCCCAUCAGCAGCAAAGAAUUUUUGAACCAGCACCGAUAAAUCCUAAUCCAAAUGGUAGACCAGGUCGUAAAGUCAUUAUAUCAACAAAUAUUGCUGAAACUUCUUUGACUAUAGAUGGGAUAGUGUAUGUGGUUGAUCCUGGAUUCUCAAAGCAAAAAGUCUACAAUCCAAGAGUAAGAGUUGAAUCACUUUUGGUGUCUCCUAUAUCCAAAGCUUCUGCCCAACAAAGAGCUGGUAGAGCUGGUCGUACUAGGCCCGGUAAGUGUUUCCGAUUGUAUACCGAGGAAGCUUUUAAAAAGGAGUUAAUUGAACAAUCAUAUCCAGAAAUCUUGCGUUCCAACCUUAGUUCAACAGUUUUAGAAUUGAAAAAGUUGGGUAUUGAUGAUUUAGUUCAUUUUGACUUUAUGGACCCUCCAGCACCAGAAACUAUGAUGAGAGCUUUGGAAGAAUUAAAUUAUUUGCAAUGUUUAUCUGACGAAGGAGAUUUAACCGCCUUGGGUAGAUUAGCAUCACAAUUCCCAUUGGAUCCUAUGCUUGCAGUAAUGUUGAUUGGAUCUCCAGCAUAUUCAUGUUCUGAAGAAAUCUUAACCAUUGUUGCCAUGUUGAGUGUCCCCAAUGUAUUUGUGCGUCCAGCACUGGCAAGAAAGAGAGCAGACGAAGCCAAAUUGGCUUUUGCCCAAGCCGAUGGUGAUCAUUUAACUUUGAUCAAUGUUUAUGAAGCUUUCAUAUCUCCUGAGGCUAGUGAAAUAGGAACUCACAAAUGGUGUCGUGAUAAUUUCCUUUCCUAUAGAUCUUUAACUUCAGCUAAAAAUGUGAGAAAUCAAUUACAAAGACUCAUGCAAAAAUAUGAUUUACAAUUAAUCUCACAAUAUAAUCAAGUCCCUGAAUUUGAGUAUUGGGAAAAUGUUAAAAAGGCAUUAGUUGCUGGAUUUUUCAUGCAAGUUGCUAAGAAAAAGCUGGGUAAUAAAGGAUAUCUUACUGUAAAGGAUAAUCAAGAUGUUUUGAUUCAUCCUUCCACUGUACUUUCUAAAGAAGGUGAGUGGUUGAUUUAUAAUGAGUUUGUUUUAACAUCCAAGAAUUACAUAAGAACUGUUACCGUGGUUAAACCAGAAUGGUUAGUGGAAAUAGCACCUAAAUAUUACAACUUGGACCAUUUCGCCAAGGGAGACGUCAAGUUAAGUCUAGAAAGAGUUGUCGAAAGAGUUGGUAAUAUGAAGAAGUUGGAUAAGAAGAAGAAAAAAAGUAAAAAUUGA